UCGAAGUGUACCCCUCAUCCAUUCUCUCCCCAAUUAAAUGGCUCCAGCUCAGUCUUUUGAAGUGCCGAAGGAUGGGAAUUUGGAAAUGGGAAAGCUGAUGCGAGCAGUUCGGUACCACUCCUACGGCGGAGGAGCUUCUGCCUUGAAGCAUGAAGAAGUUUCGAUUCCAAGUCCGAACAAAGACGAGGUUUUGAUUAAAGUGGAAGUUGGCGGUUUGAAUCCAUUUGAUUGGAAAGUUCAGGAAGGCUAUUAUCGACCACUUAUCCCUCGCAGAUUUCCCCAUAUUCCAGGACUGGAUGUGACAGGAGAGGUUAUUGAGGUUGGUUCAGGUAUCCAAAGGUUCAGGCCUGGUGACAAAGUUGUGGCUUGGGUUAACAACUUUAAUGGUGGUGGACUAGCUGAGUACUGUGUUGCAAAAGAGGGCGUGACAGCAUUAAGGCCAGCCGGAGUCUCAGCUAUAGAAUGUGCAGGCUUACCAGUUGCUGGUCUCACAGCUCACCAGGCAAUCAUCCAAGCCGGCAUCCAACUCGACGGAAGCAACCCUCACCGGAUGAACAUUCUGAUAACCGCCGCGUCGGGUGGCGUAGGUCAAUAUGCAGUUCAACUGGCAAAGCUGGGAAACACCUUCGUGACGGCCACAUGUGGGGCUCGCAACAUGGAACUAGUGAAGAGCUUAGGAGCUGAUGAGGUUAUUGACUAUAAAACCCCCGAUGGAGCAGCACUGAGGAGUCCAUCAGGUCAGAGAUAUGAUGCUGUGAUUCACUGUGCAGUGGGGAUUCCUUGGGCAACUUUUGAGCCUAACUUGAGCACUUAUGGGAAGGUUAUAGAUAUAACUCCUUCUCCUCGUGGAGUACUCACAUGGUUUCUCAAGAAACUUACCUUCUCCCAGAAGCAACCUGUGCCUAUGGUCAUGGUUCCAAAAGCUGAGAAUCUUCAGUAUCUGGUUGAUUUGGUCAAGAAUGGGAAGCUCAAGACUAUAAUAGACUCCAAGUAUCCUCUGUCCAGGGUUGAAGAUGCUUGGGCUAAGCUUAUGGAUGGUCAUGCUACUGGCAAGAUCAUUGUGGAGUACUAGGUGCAAGAAUUACAUGAUUUGGCGUGAUUUUAAGUGUCUUCUGCAAGUCUUAGGAAUAAUUUUGUAUGGUUGAAAUGUACCCAACUGAAACUGUGUGUAUUAUUCUAUGUCAUGAACAAACAUUGCAGAUGAUAAUGUUUCAUAAGAUCAAACAAACUUAUGUUGUGGAUAGAUUAUUAUUCGCCAGCAAAAUAACGCCAGGUUUGUAACAAACUUUUUGGUUUUCCUAA